AACAUUGCUCAGCCAGCUUUGUAAUCUUCUCCCACACAAACAACCUCAAAUCUUUACCUGAAUCACAGAGAUUGUUCUGGGUUUGUAGUUUUCUUCUCAUCAUCUCUGCUGUUUGCUUCCUCUCUGCAGGGAUCUCCAUGCCCAUUCCUGUGCUGGGACUCAGAGACCACUCCAAGGUCUUCAAAGAUGGCAGCUGCCUGCUGACAGAUAACAACUUCGUGCUGGUUGGGUCCUUCGUGGCCUUCUUCGUGCCCCUCACCAUCAUGGUCGUCACCUACUUCCUGACCAUCAACGCCCUGCAGAACGAAGCCACCCUCUGCUUAGACCAGCGUCCACGGCCCAAAUGGAGCACGACAUUCACUUUGAGCUUCUUACCGCAAACCUCGCUGUCCUCUGAGAAACUCUUCAGACGUUCAAUAAGCCGUGAGGCAGGUGGCAGAGGAAGCAGCGGAGGUCUGGGAGGCGCCCGCGGGAGUGUCUCCGGCUCGCUGUUUGGUCGCCGCACCAUGCAGUCAAUCAGCAACGAGCAGAAGGCGUCUAAGGUCCUCGUGGUGUUUUUUCUCUUUGUGGUCAUGUGGUGCCCGUUUUUCAUUACCAAUGUGCUGGUGGUGGUGUGUGACCCGGCGACGUGUGACGCAGGACUCAUGGGAGGCCUGCUGAACGUUUUCGUCUGGGUGGGAUACUUGUCGUCCGCAGUCAAUCCAUUGGUCUACACACUUUUUAAUAAAACAUACCGAGCGGCAUUCCUGCGCUACGUUCGCUGCCAGUACCAGUCAGAGAAGAAGCCUCUUCAGCUCAUACUGGUUAACACUAUCCCGCCGAUGGCUUACAACUCAACCCAGCUGCCCCUGGGCGACAUCGGGAAGUUACGAAACGGAGCGAUGCACUCUAGUGGCACAGUGAAGGACUUCUCUUUACCUGGACAGGAAACGGAGAAGUGUAGGCUGGACAAGAGUCAUAGUGACGGGGAUGAGAGCUGUGUGUGAGCACGUCCGAGACUGUAAUAAAAAACCCUGCUUCAAAACUUUUAACUUCUGUGGUCACAUCAUACUUGGGAGCGAAGGGUUUGUGGUUUAAAGUCAAAGUACCAAAGACAAAGUGCCUCCCAGUCAGGAUUUUAGAAAAACUUACCCAACCUCUAAAGAAAUAGAAAAUAUCCGACUUCUGAUCCAUGUCCCAUCAACAGGGUCUGGAUCAGCUGAAUCAAGUUUGUGAGUUCCUUAUUACAACAAAAACACCUUUUGAUACACCUUACUCAAACACAAAAUCAGUCAGUCCUUGUUCCAUGGCUUAAAAUCUCUACUGUCUUUGGUCUCAGUGCUGUUUCAGAGCCUCUGCUAC